AUCUCCAACCUGCGCGAGAUUGAGCUGUUGAGCUAGAAGUUACCACACUGAAGACGGACUAUAGUUUGGAGAGCUGGGCAAGCCCAACAUUCCUUUAAAACACGCACGGCGCAUCUCUCUCUUUUUGUAUAAGUCCCCUCCCGACGUGAUUAACUCAUUUAGUGCUAGUACAUUUGAAAAAAUUAACGCAAUCGACGAAGCCGAUGCUUGGGGAGGCAUCUGUAACUCGGGAGGGAGUGUGGCUGUGACAGUUCUGCUUCACCAGAAGGCGGGGAGAACGGUGUUGUGUUGAUGAUCCAUAGAGGCUUCCAUGUCCGAACCAAACGUUUUGAGUGAAAGAUGAUCGAGAUGUCGGUUGAUAAAGAAACUGUCACAACUGGAAGUACGAAGGCAAACUCCACACCAACGCUGCAACUCCAGCAACUCUCAGAAUGCACCGGAAGCUACAACAAUGCCUCCACAAUUACAGAAGUCUCCCUGGCCAACUCUGGCUUCACUGAUGGUGCGUCUGCCUGCCCAACUGGGCUAGCCGGCGGAAUCCAAAAGAAGCAAACCAGCCCUGCUGACUCCCACAACCAGACUGAAAAUGUUGGAGUCAGAGUGAACGAGAAGCCUCUCAACACCCAAAACGGUUUGCAGCAGCCCAAACAACAACAACAACAGCAACAACAACAACCACAGAAACUAUCAAAGCGUCGCAGCACAUCUACCACAGGCUUCAAGCAUCCACCAUCUGGUAAGAGACGACGGCGUGCCAACUCGGAAAGCGACUCUGUCCUUCCCACAAAUUUCCUUCUAGGUGGCAACAUCUUCGACCCGCUGAACCUCAACAGCCUGCUGGACGAGGAGGUGAACAGGGCGCUGAACGCAGAGACCCCCAAAUCCUCCCCCCUGCCAGCCAAGAGCAGGGACCCUGUGGAGAUCCUCAUACCCAGAGACAUCACAGACCCGCUCAACCUCAACAGCGGCAUGACCGGCACCAGCUUCCUGGUGUCACCGUUCAAGAGACGGAGACACCGGCACAGACACCACGGGGGAGGGGGAGGGGGCUCGACUGGGCCCGGAAGCGUAUCAGCCCCCCAUGUGGAUGCGUCCGACUCGGAGAGAGCUAGUGACGUUAACACCGGUACUUCCUCGCUGCCCUCGAGUAGCUCCGCCCUUGCCUCAGAAGUUGCCCUCAAAGGGUGCAGAGUGCUGUCCAGUGUCCCAGGGUCCUCCCUAUGCGACGAUAAGCCCAAACCCUCCAUCUGCAAGGAGGAGGCGGUGCUCCCCGUGUCGAACCACCCGUCCCAGCCUCGCAUCCCCGAGGAGCCCGGCACCGUGGCAGGUGGCCCCAACCAGCACACCAGCCGCCCACGCAAGCGCAGGCGCAAUUCCGGCAAAACCGAGCCCCCUUUUGCCCAGUCCACUUCGGUGGGAAAGCCUUCCACUGAGGAUAGGAGCAGAGGUGCAGCCACAGGAAAGAGCAUUCAGACCUUCCACACCCCAGUGACGGGUUCCAAACCUGGGCAAGGAGGCCGGUACCAGCGGAAACAGCAGCAGCAGCAGCCGCAGCAACAAAGGAUGAAGUUCCAGUAUGGGAACUACAGCCAGUACUAUGGCUACCGCAACCCGGGCUUCAGCGAGGACCCGAGGUUCCGAGUGCUGCGUCCAGAGUGGUUUCAGGGAAAGGAGGUGCUGGACCUGGGCUGCAACACCGGACAGCUGACUCUGUGUAUCGCUAAGAAGCUCCGUCCAGCCCGCAUCCUAGGCCUGGACAUUGACGGGGCACUGGUGCAUGCUGCCCGCCAGAACAUCAGACACUACCUGUCAGAGAUGAAGGCCCAGGAGGCACGGCGCGUGGCGGAGGGGGCGGAGCGGCCUGCGGGACAGGAAGAGGAGGGAGAGAACAAGAAGGAGGAAGAGGAAAACCGAACCGGAAGAGGGAUCCAGAGAGACGUACAAAAGGGGGACAAACUGAAUCCGGGAGAAGCUAGAGCUGAGAAUGGAGAUGCCGUGGGAAGGGUGAAGAGAGAAAGCGUCUCGUCUGAACCCACCGAUCAGGGUGAGCCCUGCCCUGCCACCGACGGAGGACGGGAGGAGAGAAGAGCAGGGAGGGCGGAGCAUGGAGACUCGGGUAGAGCUCCUGUGGAUCCUCCGGGGAAGCGCUCUUUCCCUGUGUCCCUCCGGAUCUCCAGAGGACCCAUAGCAGCACCUCCACUGCCAGAAACCCCCACCAUGCCUCCUGGGGAAUUCCCUGCAAACGUCUCCUUUGUCAAGGCUAACUAUGUCUUGGAGAACGACGCGCUGCUGGAGACCCAGCGGCCGGAGUAUGACAUCAUCCUGUGCCUGAGCGUCACCAAGUGGGUUCACCUGAACUGGGGAGACAGCGGCCUAAAACGACUCUUCCACCGAGUCUACAGACACCUGCGCCCAGGAGGCAGGUUCAUACUGGAGCCACAGCCUUGGGACACCUACGGCAAGAGGAAGAAGCUCUCGGAUAGCAUUUUUCGGAAUUACCACGGCAUCUGCCUGAGACCAGACCAGUUCUCAACGUACUUGAUUAGCGAAGUGGGAUUCUCCAGCUAUGAACUAAUUGGGACACCUAAGAGUUCCUCAAAAGGUUUUGAGAGGCCAAUUUACUUGUUUUAUAAAUGACCGGUUGGUCUGGAAGGUAACCAUUGGAACAGCCUACAUAGUACCUUUGUACUCCAGAACAAGCCAGCCGCCUGCCUUCAUUAUCCAUCUGCAAGCAUGUCUUGGAACACUGGACAGUUUUAAACAUUGAGCUUCUUACAAAGUGUGUUUGGUGAACAUUGAAACAUUUGAGACAUAUCUCAAGACCUCAACGGAGGCCACGGCUGAUGACGACCGUGAAGUGGACAACCUGGAGGACGGGAAACUCAAUUAUGACUCAACUCUUUCUGUGACAAACACAGGCAUUGUGUUCUAGGUCCUCAACUACUGUUUGGACUGUUGUUCAGUCAAAGACUUUUCUUCACUGUGUUUUAACUGAAUUUGGAUGAUUGUCAGUGUUUCAAGGCUUUGAAUCUUUUGAAGGGAACAAAUUACCCAAUGUGAUUAACCCACAGUCAUAGAAGACCAGCGUGUUUAGACCACAUGCCUGCGUAGAGUUACUCUUUGGCUUAACUGACUACGAAACCUGCCCUAAAUCAUUUGUUUCAAUGUGACCUUAGGCCCUGUUAGGUUUUCCAAUGUCUUAACCGCACUCGGCUUCCCCCUUGCAGAAGCAAGGGGGAAGCCGAGUGCUCUGUCACUUGCUUCGCGGUAGAUUCAAGUACACUUGCCAGGUAGCUCUAGGCUCUGAGGUUGGAGGGAAGGGAUUCUCUGUAGGGUCUUGGUCAUGUGACUUCGGCCUUUAUAUUUCUUUGACCUUUGUUAAUGUUCAGAUUACAAUGUUUUUGUUACUAUUUUUUCUUUAGUGUGAGAUGUGUUGUUUUGAAAUUUGCUGCCAACUAAUACAGAGCAACAGUGGUUUUGACUUGGAUAGAACUCACUUCAUCCAGCUUUGCUCCCAUAAAUCAGUCCAUGAUUUCUUUGUACACUUUUUUUUGUACACUUUAUUUUCGUGUUUGUUUGAUUUUCCUGUGACAAGCAGAAGAGCAUCAAUGCUGGGACUCUAGGUCUAAUUUUCUCAAUGUCUUUACAAAAAUAAAUACAUAUUCUGUUA